UCAAUUUCAAAAAUGAAAUUACUCAAGGGUAGUGCAUUGCUUUAUUCUGUAGCAUGCUUUGCAUCAUUAGGACAAUUCCUCUUUGGUUAUGAUCAAGGAGUCAUGUCCGGUAUUUUGGUCAAUAAUCGAUGGCUCGAACUAUUUGGAAAUCCUAAUUCGACAAUACAAGGUUUGAUAAUUGCAAUUUUUGAACUUGGUGCCUGGUUCACCUCUUAUCCAACAAGUUGGUUCAUGGAUCGCUUUGGUCGUCGUUGGACAAUCUUAAUAGGCGCUGCUAUCUUUAUUGUUGGUGGAUCAGUUCAAACAGGAUCAAGUAACUUGGCUGGUAUCUUACUUGGUAGACUGAUUGCCGGUUUUGGUAUCGGCUUCUUGAGUACUGUCCUCCCUGUAUACACUGCAGAAUUGAGUCGUGCUCACAACCGUGGUAAAGUCACUGUCUUGGGUAUGAGUAUCAACAUGUUUGGUUAUAUGUCUUCGGCGUUUAUUGAUUACGGAUUCAGUUUUGUUGAAUCAGAUUGGUCAUUCAGAGGCCCACUCUUAUUGCAAGUUGUAUUUGCCCUUAUUUUAGCUGUAGGAACACUUGCUCUUCCAGAGUCACCAAGAUACUUGUUAUCCAAGCAAAAGGAUGACCUCGCUUUAGAAACACUUUCUGAUAUGUAUGGAAAGCCUGCUGACAACCCUCAAGUACUACAAGAAUAUGAAGAAAUCAAGACUACAUUAGAACUGGAAGCAAAGCUUGGAGAACCCACUUGGGGCGAAAUGUUUACAUUAUACACAAGACGAUCUUUCAUUGCUAUUGCUGUGCAAGCCCUGGGUCAACUAUCUGGUAUUAAUAUUGUCACAUACUAUGCACCCAAAAUGUAUGAAGCCGUACUUGGUCCAGGCAACAGGACAAUUCUAUUUGCUGGAUUUACUGCUCUUGUUUACUUUUGUGGCGCUCUGAUUGCAGCAGUUCUUGUUGAUAGAGUAGGAAGAAGACCUUUGUUUAUGUCUGGUAGCUUCUUUAUGAUCAUUUGGUUGGUUCUCAUGGCUGUAUUCAAUAAGAUAGAUCUUGGUAUGACAUCCGCUAUUCUUGUUAUUGUCUUCACAAUGAUUUAUGUCGGUACAUUUGGUAUUACUUGGGCUUGUGUAGACUGGUUAUAUCCCGCAGAAAUUUUCCCAUUCCGUACAAGAGCUAAGGGUAUGUCUCUUGCUGUAUCAUCUAAUUGGUUGAGUAACUUUGCUGUUGGUUUAUGGACACCUCCACUUUUAGACCGCAUCGGAUGGGCUACUUACAUCUUUUACGCUGCAUGGAAUGUUGUUGCUUUAUUCGUAGUAUACAUGUGGUUUGUUGAAACGAAAGGAAAGAGUCUGGAAGAAAUUGAUGCUAUCUUUGAAGACGGCGCAGGCGACGUUCCACCAGAAUUAGCAAUCAAUAGCGAGAAGAAAGAGGUGUCUGAUGAAAACAAGGUGUAA